UAAUUAAUCAAUUUCUUUGUAAAAACAAAUAAGAAAAAUUAAAGAAACUGUCAAGUUGGUUAUUCACAUUUUUUUAAAUCAUUUUCCGACAAUUAAAAUUUCUUGUGUGUUAUAAAUUAAUAGGAAAAAAUAAAAAUUAAUUGCAGUAUUCACUUAAAUAUUUAGAACGAACUGUGAUCAAGGAUAUAUGGUACCAAAAAUUACUCAUUUCCAUGUGCAUGAAUUUAUUGAAGAAGAUACAAAAGCCAAGCCAUCAUCACAUAUUGAGAUAGAGAGAGUGAGAGAGCGAAAGUAAGCAAAGUGGAACAUUUUCGGGAACACUUCACUAUGCCGCUGUUUUCUAAAAAGGGGCCAAAAUUUGGUAGAACAGAUUCCGAACUGUCUGCAAAUGCCGCAUCCACUGCCACGAGUGCUAACCCAUACAACGACAACAAUAACACAACGGCUAACGGUAAAGCCAGCACUAUGAAUGGUAGUAGCAGUGCAAAUACCCGUAACGAUCCAUACAUUCCCAAACCGCAGCUAAUAUUCCACUGUCAACUGGCGCACGGCAGUCCAACUGGUUUGAUAACCGGCUUUGCGAGUGUACGUGAGCUCUAUAAGAAGAUCGCCGAAUGCUAUGAUAUACCUGUCGAGGAGAUACUGUUCUGCACUUUGAAUUCACACAAAGUGGACAUGACCAAGCUGCUGGGCGGUCAAAUCGGUCUCGAUGACUUCAUAUUCGCGCAUCGGAAGGGGCGACCGAAAGAGAUUGAGAUUGUAAAGUCGGAGGAUGCACUCGGUUUAACCAUAACCGAUAAUGGCGCGGGUUAUGCAUUCAUUAAGCGCAUUAAAGAAGGUUCGGUCAUUGAUCGCAUCGAACACAUUAGUGUCGGUGAUCACAUUGAAAAGUUGAAUGACAUCACUAUGGUGGGUAAGCGACAUUAUGAGGUCGCGCGUCUGCUUAAAGAUAUACCUACGGGCACCACAUUCACAUUGCGGCUGGUGGAGCCGAUGAAGAGCGGUUUCCAGGGUAUCGGUCCGCGUACACAAUCGAGAGCGCCCUCCGGACGUGGCUAUGGCAGCGGCAAGGAGACAUUACGAUUUAAGGCGAACGGCAACGUAGAGAUCGAGGAUAAAUUCGAUGAAUCCACGCAAUCCGGCAUUGAGGCGAUCAAUAAUUUACUGGAAUCGUUUAUGGGUAUAAAUGACACAGAGCUGGCGACACAAAUUUGGGAUUUAGGCGCGAAUAAAUCGAAUUCUAUGGACUUUGCGGAGGCUAUUGACAAUUCCGAUUUGGAAUCGUUCGGCUUCACCGAUGACUUCAUUAUCGAACUGUGGGGUGCUGUAACGGAUGCCAGACGUCGAAAAUCGGCGAAGAACUAAAAUGUGUGCCUACAAUUUUGAAAUAAUAAUGGAAACUAGCUAAUGCUCAGUAGACGAAACGACUUUGGAGGCGUUGAGGAGAGAGAGAGAGAG